UCUUAACAUCAGCAUGAGAAAAGGGAAGUCCGUUGUCCCUGGCUCUAUUUCUCUGGUGUGCGUGCCUCAGUUACGAUGAGACUUCAAGUCCUACUCAUUACACUUCACCAAGUGGCGCUAGCUGAACCCCAGAGGGUUGUCUCUGGGUACCUUGGAGAAACCAUUACCUUGCCCUCAGGGGUAGACCCGUCCUGGCAGCUCACCAUAAUUGAGUGGUCAAUAUUCUCCAACAUCACUUGGAUUGCCACCAGUCGCAAUGGGAAGAAAAACACUGAACGCAUCAGUCGGUAUAAAGGAAGACUCAGUCUCAACAUCUCUACAGGUGACUUGACGAUCCGUAAUUUGACGGAAGACGAUGCCAUGGAAUACACUGUGGACCUCAUCAACAGAGUGAACAACGCCACCGUAAACAGGAUCAGGCUCACAGUUGGGCAACACCUUCAGAAACCGACCAUAAAGAGACUCUUCAGUGCAUCUGUAAAAGGACACUGUUGGAUGGGGCUGCACUGUUCUUCUCAAGAGGAAGGUGUUGACUUGUCCUGGCAGGUUGAACCCCGCACUGUGACUGCCUUCAACACGAGUAAUCGUGAUGGAAACCCUGGAAGCAUUUUAGCAAUCCUCAACAGCACAGACAAGGUGGUCAAAUUCACCUGCACCUCCAGCGGGACCGGGGAGAAUGCCUCAAGUGCUGUCACUCUGAAAUGUGACGAUGACGCGCCCCAGCCCCAGCCCCAGCAGGAGUCUAGGGAUAGAUGUGGUCUUUACUCUGUAAUCAGCGUUGUAGCUUUACUUGUCAUAGUGGUAAUACUUUACAUUUUCAAAGAAAAAAUCAAGGCUGCAUGGAAACGACUCGGUGACAAACUGUAAACCCACAUCAUAAUCUAAAGUUAGCUAGACAUCUAUGAAAGAAAAGUUUCAAGAAGCUAGAGGGACUACACCACAAAAACAUUAGCAAUGCCUGACGAUGACUGCAUUUCUUUUGCACAAGAAUGUUAACAUUAAUUCAUUUUAAUAUACUCUGCAGACCAAAACAUUUUGAAUGCAACGAGGAAUGAUGUCAUUAGCAAUCAAGAUAUGGAGUACAUCUCAUGUAAAUACAUAUCUGACACAAACCACAUCAUUACUUGUUUUUCCAUCUUCUCUACUUCUAAUAUCUAGUUCGAAAUGUCCUGUCUGCCUUAUGGUUUCUAUUUUAUUGCUCUGUCGAAUGCAUGUCACAUUUUUAUUCCUUUUAACUGUAAAAUGUUUUAUAACAUUAAAGGAAUAAUUCAGCUCUGAUUGCUGGCAGGGGGCAGAGGGUCUAGAUGAGAAGGUGGAUAUCAAAAUGUUGAAAUAUUAUGAUAAAUUGUAAUACUGCUACUGUUAUUGUGGGCUUAACCUGGUUUGCCUUUGUUUUAUUUUUUUAAAACUGAUAUCUAAAUAAACAAACAUCUGUAGCUCUAUGUUCAUAAAAUGUGGAUUUUCUUGGCUUCUGCAACCUUAGGAACUGACUUUAAGCUGUGCAUGAUUUUAAAAUGUUAAACUAUUCCAUCACAUUAAAACAAUAUUUCUGAAAGUUCAUUUGAAAUCAUUACA